CUACAAUAGUUAGCUGCUUUAAAAGGACCCAAACGACGGAAGCACGCAAAGACGGACGGGUGUAUGCUGGAUUGCUGCAACUGAGCUUGGCGCAAUUCACGACGAUGGCUGGCUGGUUUCAAGGCGUAAAGAAAUUCUUUGGCUGGGUUGACGGCGAUGGUUCGGAGGGGGCUGAGGGCGACGAGCAGAACCAGCCCAGCAGCAGCUCUGGGCCCUCACCUCGUGGGCAUAGAGGUCGGGCGGCCGCUGGAGCUCGCGAGCGGCGGCACGAGCCAGUGUUGAGAGAGAUGGAGGACGACCAGCACGGUGGCGUCCAGGGUCUCCGCUGGUAUGCGGCCAGGCAAGUGCCGGACCGGCACGGUGAUUACGCCAAUGAGUUCCUGGAUGAGGACCGGGCACCAGCAGCGGGACCUGCAGCCGCAGCAGGCGCGGGGCCAGCUUCAGCAGCAGCGGUGGCGGCGGCUGUAGAAAGAGUGUUGCAUGGGGGUGGCAAGGAGCGCGAAGCAGGGGGCGGAGCGCGGUCAGAGGCGGCAUCACGGGCGGCAGCGGCAGCGAUGGCGCGUGCUGCAGGGAAAGGCGGCGCGUCAUCACAAGGCGGGCACCACCGGACGGGGCAGGCCGGCAAGCAAUUGCAGGUGACGGCUGUGGAGCGCGGCAAUGUGGUGCUGGGGCACUAGCUGGGUGGCGGCUGGGGGCCGGCGUUGGCGCGACUGCCUCUCUGGUGCGUUUGCGACAGUGCUAACUGAGCGUGCAAACACGCUCUGGUGUGGUAUCGGUAGGACCGGCCAAUGAACGGUAUACGGGCGCGGCGGCAGCAUGGCAGGUGCUGGGCUCAAUGAAGAAGUACGUCAGGAGAGUGUUGGGUUGCCGAGUGACAGUAGUGCGAGUGUAGUGCGCACGGGGUGACCUAUCAAGAAAGUAUGGGUUAGCAUUGCGCCGUCACAGGUGUGGCCUGAUGGGCGUGUGGGACAGAGGGUGGCGCACAUUGGUAGGGUGUUAGCAGCUGAGAGCCAGGCCUCGCGUCGGAGUUGCAGGGCGUGUGGUUCGCGCUGUGUGUAUCUGGCGGGAUUCCCCGAUUGCGGUGGGCUGUCUAGCCGCCAGUGCCGCCCAUUAGCGGCACUGUCUGCUGUUACUCCCUGCUUAUAGAGUCCACUGUUGGGGGCAUCGUCUAAUGCCUGUAACCCAAUGCGAGUGGACCGCGCACAUACAAGGGCCAUUGAGGGAGUUGGGCGUGUUUAGCCGCAGUCAAGGCUAGCAUUGGCCAGCUAGCACUCAGGGCGCCAUUAUUGCGGGAAUGAUCUCUGUCGGCAGUCAGUGUCCCCCUGAGGCCGAGGCGACGAGCUAUAGCUGCUUUACUGCCGUAGCGGGCGUACUGCUGAUGACCUGUGCCAGCCGGCUAAAGUGGAAAACGAACGCGCACCGCAAGCCAGUCAGACUGGUGUGGCUGGUGACCAGGCAGGCACAAGCCGGCACAUGUGCGUGAUAGACCGUCAGACCGCAUAGCGGUGCUGAGCAUUGGACUUGCCGUCGUAGCUGACUUCUGGGGUCGUCUCCAGACGUUUGUGACUUUGGGUAUCAGGCCAAAGGGUUGGGACGCUGUGCCGUUUGCGCAUCCCUUCAUGUCUCGGGCUGUUGGUGACGGCAUGGUUUUGCGCUUGCCGUAUGACGCUGAUUCCCCGCCCCCCUCGCCGUGAGAGGUUGUGCGUGGUUGGUGGCUCUGUGUGUGGGCAGGAUGCACGUGUGGGCGACCGUUCUAGUACCUGGACGCUUGCGCCCUGGUUAGUGCGUGCGCUGUGCGUGUGUCCUGCGGCCUAGACGUUUCCCGGCACUCCUGUGCCUAGGCUUGUGGCGUUGAGGCACAGCGGUGGGGCUCUGGCGGGUUGAGGCUUGGCUAGGACUCACUGUGCGCGGAGUCACACGGACUUUGCCCGCGGGAGGGUUUGCAGCAAAGUCGGGGUUGGGGCCUGAUAGCAUGUGAUGGCUCGGCGUCUUCGGGAGCUGGGACUGUCCCCUCUGUAACAUCCGCAUCCA